CCACCAUUCUGGUCUCCCCUCAGGGUUCCGCCCGCUGGUCUUCUCUGUCUGGCUCAGAGGCUCAGGAAAGGGAGAAGGAGGCCAAGCAACCCAGAGUCUGGAAAUCAUGGCCAUGAACUUUCAGGAAAAUGUGACCCUGGCCAUGGCCGUAUUCACCAUCCUUGCUUCCAUCUACUUCUUCAACAAGGCUCAGCAAUGAGAAGAUAGAGCACCACCUAACCCAAGAGUCCUGCCUCUGUCCCGACCAUGACUCUGGCCUCUGAGACCAAAUAAAUGUGACUGAGUCAGCACACCCUGCUCCACCUCACCAGGCCAGCAGGCACAUCGCCUCCAGCCAGCUCUGUCUGAGGUCCAGGCUUCUGGGUCAGAGAGAGGAAGCCUGGACUCCUGGG